AAAAUCCUUAAACCCAGAGAUAAACCCUAAAUUACUAAUUAUUCCCCAAAAAGCAUUCAGCAAAAUGGAAAUGCUAAAGCGAAAACUUUUCAUCAAUUUCUCUCCCAAAUUGAUUUCUAAAUCUAACCCAGCUCCCCAAUGCAACUUCCCUUCUAGGGUUUCAAAUUUAGCUUUACGGUUCUUCUCCACUAAUUCCCAAUCAACAUUGACUGAUCGGGUUGGAGCUGCAAGAGACCCAAGAGCUUCAAUUGUGCCCAUUUUGGAUCAAUGGGUCAGUGAAGGGAACACUGUUGAGAAACCUUUACUUCAAUCUCUUGUUCGCCUCAUGAAAGAUUACAGACGCUUCAAUCAUGCUCUAGAGAUAUCGCAUUGGAUGACUGAUCGUAGAUACUUCGUAUUAUCACCUUCUGAUGCUGCAAUUAGGUUAGAGUUAAUCGAUAGAGUUUAUGGAUCGCGGAAAGCGGAAAUGUAUUUUGAGGAACUCUCGGGUAAGCUAAAAAUUUACAAUGUGUAUGGUGCUCUUCUUGACAUCUAUGCACGAGAAAACUCUGUUCAGAAAGCAGAAGCAAUCCUGCAGGAAAUGAGAGAAAAGGAAAUGAUAAGAUCAUCUUUUGCUUACAAUAUAAUGAUCAACCUUUACCGUCAAAAUGAAAACUUUGAGAAGAUCAAUGCCUUGACGAAGGAAAUGGAAAGAAACGGGAUCCCUCAAGAUCGGUACACAAUACAAAACCUGAUGGCCGCUUAUGCUGCUGCAGCUGACAUUUCUGGAAUGGAAAUAAUAUUAGAUAAAUUAGAAAAAGAUCCCCGGGUUGAGCAGAGCUGGAACAUGUAUGCAACUGCUGCAAGUGGCUAUCUGAAAGUUGGGUCGAUUGAGAAAGCUUUGACAAUGUUAGCGAAAGUUGAGAAGCUGAUGCCCCCGGGAAAGAACACAUUGGCGUUUAACUUUCUUCUAUCUCUCUAUGCAGAGGCUGGUAAAAAGGACGAACUUUACAGAAUUUGGUUUAAAUAUAAGCCAUUUGUUGAGGAGAAGGUGACACAUAUUUGUACUAUGGUAACCUCUCUCGCAAAGCUAGACGAUAUUGAGGGUGCUGAAAAGAUCUUUGAGGAGUGGGAGUCUAAAUGCACGACAUAUGAUUUUCGCGUUCUAAAUAGGCUCCUUGCUGCAUAUUGCAGAAAGGGUCUUCUUAAGAAGGCUGAAGAAGCUGCAGAGAAAGCUGCACAGGGAAGAAUACCCUAUGCGAGCACGUGGAGUGUCUUGGCAGCAGGGUAUAUAGCGCAUAAUCAAAUGUCCGACGCAGUUGAGAUGCUGAAAAGAGCACUGUCAGUUUCGCGAAAGGACUGGAGGCCAAAUCCGACCACGGUGACUGCCUGUUUGGACUACCUGGAAGAACAAGGAGAUGUUAGAGGAAUGGAGGAAGUCGUAAAGCUGUUAAAAACAACGGAGCCUUUAACUCGAGAGAUAUAUAAGAGACUGGUUAGGACAUACACAUCUGUUGGCAUACCAGAUGAUAAAGUUUUUGAUCAGAUGAAGAUACACGAUAUGGAUGCCGAUGAAGAAGCACACAAGAUUCUUGAAGCUUAAUCAGCCAAAUCUUAGCAAUGUAACACACUCUGUUUUGAGAAUUAGAAGCUACAGAACAGCUUUUGAAGAGGAUUAUUUAUUCAGAGCAAUGAUAGUAUGUAAAUAUGAUUUAGUGAGUAAGAAAAUUCAUUUAACACAAUGAUUACAUUUAGUAAAACUUGCUCUAGUUAUGAGAGGUA